AUGAACGCUGGGAGCCGCCUGCAGACGUCGCAAGUAUGGGAGAAGGAACAACGCUACAGCGAGCUUCCGAAUCCCGCGCAGCGAACUCUGCUCCCUCUUGACGUGUUAGAAUACUCUCUUGUUCCCGCCUGCGUCUUCAUCUUGUUCGUCUCUUCUGCGAUCUUCAUGCUUCCUGAACUCGUCAUGCUCUCUCCGUUUUUCCACAGCGCUCACGGGCUCAGAAGGGGUGCCUUUGCGAUUGUAAUGCAGUGGCUGUGUCUCGACUCAUCUUCGCUUUUCCUACGCUUCGAAACUUCACCUGGUACUGUCUUCAAUCUCGAUCCCUUGAUCAUUAAUGCUGCCAGAAUGCGAUAUAUUGAAAUUUGUCGGUUUGUCUAUAUGGCAAAUAUUGCCCCUUCAAAGCUUCAAGCUUCAAGCUUCGAGGCUUUAUGCUUCCUUCGGCACAUUAAUGGGUCUAUGGCCGAUACUAUAAUCGACUACAUGAGUGAAGACAAUAGACCAGAUGCUCCUCCAGAAACCUGCGAGCCACCCAUUCAUGAAAACUCGAGCCGACCCCGUUGUCGAAUCAAGCAGACUAUUCAGAAAUCUGCAAAAGGCGUCACCAAGAAACUUUCUAAACCCUUCAAGUCUUUCCGCAAUCGCACUCCUGCAAACCAGAACGCAGACCUUCGAGAUGCUUCAACCACCAUGGUCCAGAACGUCGAAAUGGAGGGGGCUUCAUCAAGUCAGAAAAUCGAGCAUCUCACCGCAGCUCAAAUUCUCAGCGACUCCGUGAACCAAGGGUUGCCUGGAGAGCCUGCUUCACAGGUUCAGGCUGGUCCUUCUAGGGAGGAGGAAGGUACUGAUACUCAAUUAGUUGGCGCUGAACUUCAGGCUGCAUGUGAUAGUGCACAAAGCAUGAGAGUACCAGGGAAACAUGCGACUUCUGCGGCAUCCGCCGCCGGCAAUGCCCCAGCGGGUCUCGCUGCCGCGGCUGAUUUUGAGAAGACGUAUCUCCAACCCCUCAAGAUUAUCGACGGUGUCCUUGACAAGAUCGCGGAUCUACAUCCCUACGCAAAGAUGGCGCUGGGCGUGCUGUCUGCUGCAUCCAAAAUUAUAAUCGCUCAAGCAGAGCGCGACAAAUCGAUAUGUAGUCUUCUCGAGAAAUUGGCCGAAGUUUAUCGCUUCAUGACUCUGGAUGAAAAUCUUGGCAAGAUUGAAUCGAUGCGCGGUAUCGUCGGAAAGAUCGUGCAGCAGACUCAUGAGUGUGCCCGUUUCAUCAGGGACUACUCGGAAACGAAGAGCUUUUGUGCGUCCCCAAGCUAUCGCACUUCGUACAUGAAUCUUACACUUUCAUCAUAG